AUGGCAAUUGGUAAAUCAUGGUCAAGCGACAACAACGGAAGCAUUAGAGCAAGUGAAAGAGAUGCUAGCUCAAAACAGUCAAAAGAGAGAGAAAAGGGAGGAGUCUGCAGAGCACUAGAGAAAACAACUGAAGCACUAGAACAGCUAAAAGAGGAGGAAGUCUCUGAGGGUGAAUUAGAGAAACUAGAAAUAGAAACGAAACUGGAAAUAGAAUCAACUGCACCAGGGCCGCCCUGGCCGCCUCAGAACGAUCCUACUGGAGGUUCAGGAAGGAGUUUUUGUCCUGAGGCCUGGAGGGAGUUAAGAGCACAAUGUUUUAUGGUUGCUAUUUGCAUUAGUGGCUUAAACUGCUUCUUUAAAUGUCUUGCCUGGAUUUAUAUGGGUUCAGCAAGUAUGUUCUCAGAAGCUAUACACUCAUUAUCUGAUACUUGUAACCAGGGUUUGCUAGCACUGGACAUCAGCAAGUCUAUUCAAACACCAGAUUCUUCUCACCCGUAUGGCUUUUCAAAUAUGUGUUAUAUUUCUUCAUUGAUUAGUGGUGUUGGUAUUUUCAUGAUGGGUGCAGGACUCUCUUGGUAUCAUGGAGUCAUGGGAUUGCUUCAUCCUCAACCAAUGGAAUCCCUCCUAUGGGCAUAUUGUAUUUUAGCAGGAUCUUUGGUGUCUGAAGGAGCAACACUUCUUGUUGCCAUAAGUGAACUUCGCAGGAGCGCUCAGGCCAAGGGCACGUCAUUUUAUAAGUAUGUUAUGGAAAGACAUCAUCCGAGUACAAAUGUCAUUCUGUUGGGGGACGCUACAGCUGUUUUAGGAGUGAUAAUCGCGGCUACCUGCAUGGGCCUUACCUCCAUAACAGGCAAUCCAUUGUAUGACAGCCUGGGUUCCUUGGGUGUGGGCGUCUUACUAGGCGUGGUCUCGGCAUUCCUCAUCUAUACUAGCACAGAAGCAUUCUUAGGACGAUCUGCAGCUGAUCGACAUACUCACCCUGAGCCAGUAGAAAAGGGUUUGAUAUUCUAACAGGAAAAUGUCAUGGUCAAGACUCAGUGUUGGUGUGGGCGAGGGGUUGUGUUUUUUUUUUUGUUCCCACAGGACCAACAAGACCCUAUCUGGGUGCCGGAGAGGAUGGCACGAAGAUGCUCCGUUUUUUUUUUUCCUUCUCCUUCUCCUGAUGGCGAGACCCACGAUGAUGGAGACAAGAUGGAGGAUCCUGUCAGUGUUUCCGAGACUAAUGCCAAUACAACAUGAUGCCCAAGUUUUUCCCCGCUUUUUUGCCAGUAAUGCUAGUUUGGA